AUAUGCAGGGCAUCUUACGUGGAUUUUGUAUCACGAGCAUGCAUUAGUGGUUUCAGCUGCAUAGUUUGUGGGCUCAUAUGUGUUGGAAAAUUACAGAACACAAGCAAGUUUGAGUAUUCUAGUAACAAAAAAUAAUAUAAUAAAACUAUGAAGGUAUAAAAAAUGGUGUGUGCAGACAAUAAGCUGUUUCAGCAAUCUGAAAUGUGAGUCUGUUGGGCUUGGUCUGUUACAGUUUUCAAUUUCCCUUUGUUGGUAUGGUUGGUAGGAUUGAGUCCAUGAUAUUUUGACCCUUGAAUAGAUGCCAAUGCAAACCUUCGUGGGUAUUGUAGCUUUGAACCCAUGACCUCAAUGUUGGUAGUCCAAACAGUAGGAGCACAAUGCUUGACCCAAUUACCUUCAAUAUAUUACAGCAACUGCAUUUGGAUGCUUCCAUUAUUUUCUUAUUGGGCUCAUGUAUCCGUGAAGUGAAUUGGCAGGCUGCUUUUGAGGAUGCCCAUGUUCUGGUUCGUGAUGACAUCAACUGGGCUUUUAGGCCUUGCCAUCAGCUUCACUUCAAUGUGGUUUCUUCAUCAGACGGGUGCUACUACAUACAGGUUGGCUCUGUCGGAAUUUCUGCCAGUGAUGAGUUGUGGGUGGCCUGCUACAUCCUUGAGAUAACUCAUUGAAGCGCCAAGACGUUUGGAUUUUGUGGUCAAUCCAUGGUUUCAUGGCCAUAUAAAAUGAGAAUGGUACGUAAUUAUCCAUCCAAGCUCAAAAUUAAUUAAUUCGCGUUAGUAUGAUUUAUUUCUGAUUCUAUGUGGAAGUUCCUGACGACAACUUUGUGCUUUUCGGCUUUUCCCUGGCUUUUGCUUUCUUUUUUAUUUAACCAUUUGUUUGUAGUUGUCAAUCAAAAGAUUAGGAACUUCUAGUGUAUAAGCUUACUCAACCCACACUGAGAUCCAUCAAAUUAAUAGUCUGGAUUACCACAUACACUGCUUGUAUGGAACUGACCCAAGACGGUUUUCACACCCCAAUGCAUCAUGGCCCAUUACUUUUGUUCUAUU